AUCUGCCUCCUCUGCGUGAUGGCGUCUUCCCAAAGCAGCCUCUUUUCCAUGGCAGGCGACUCCUACAGCAAGUACGAGAUUCGGCGGCGCAACCCCAACCCCACCGCCGCUGCCCUCCUCGUCAUCGACAUGCAGCGCCACUUCGCCUCCAUCGCUGCCCCCAUACUCCCCGCCCUCCGCUCCACCGUCGCCCUCUGCCGCGCCGCCGGCAUCCCCGUCCUCUUCACCCGCCACCGCCACCGCUCCCCCGCCGACUACGCCAUGCUUGGCGAGUGGUGGUCCGGCGACCUCAUCGUCGACGGCACCCCCGCGGCCGAGCUCCUCCCCGACAUCGGCCGACACCCCGGCGACCGUGUGGUCGAGAAGAGCACCUACAGCGCCUUCGCCGGCACGGGUCUGGAGGAGGCGCUGAGGGGCAUGGGAGUCGAGGAGGUGAUCGUCACCGGCGUGAUGACGAACCUCUGCUGCGAGACGUCGGCGAGGGAGGCGUUUGUGAGGGGGUUCAGGGUCUUCUUCUCCACCGACGCCACGGCUACCUCGAACAAGGAUCUGCACGAAGCUACCCUCAAGAAUAUGGCGUAUGGCUUUGCUUAUCUGGUGGACUGCAAACGCCUCGAGGCAGCUCUUGCGCCCAAGAUUUGAGGAAGCACUAGGGAUAGGUGUCUUGCCUUUGUUCCAAGAAUGCUGAUUGAACCUGAGCUCUGGCAUACCCUUUUGCAUCAGAAAAGGUCCAAGCUCCUCUGCAGCCCCAUACCCAAUGGAAGAACACCCAGGCCCUGCAAUGAACCAUGUCAGACACCACCAUGAAACAUGCCAAGAGAACUUGCAAUCCAAUUUGUCUCCACAAGUACAAGAUGCUGACGGAUUGGCUGGACAAUGCAUCAUGCAUCCACUAUUCCCAGUACACAUCAAUCAUCGAGGCAUCCACAGCGAGGGACUACUGUGGAGUUUCCCCCUGCAAAUUCUAAUAUUUUCUUUCUACCUUGGGACAAAUUGGGCGAGUGAUAUUUAUGCUACAUUAUCUUCUCCUAUGGACGCAGGCAAGAGAGGUGGCCACACGCAAGUCCUACCUGGUCCCCAGAUUCCUUGCUGCUUCCGGAACGGAGGAGGGCUCACCGGAGCUGGAGUCGACAUAGUGAGACCUGCAGCAUCUACGCUUUUUGUGGGCAAAAGGCGCCAUCCCUGUCGACCUCGCAACUGGUACCACCUCUUACCCACUUACAGCGGCUCAAUCGUGUUGCUUGGGUUGCCCAUGGAGGAUUCCAGCCUCUGGCUGGUCCCCGACCACCCACCCUCUCCCUUAAUAGUAGUGCCACAUCCGACCACCCACUCUCUCCCUUAAUAGUAAUGCCACAUCAGGCCCUUCGGUCCCUGUUCCUCCGAUCUAAGGUUACUGGUACAAACUACAUUGCAGGCAGAACCUUCCGAAUACCCAAAGGGUGUGUGCUUGGGAAGGUGGAACCGGCAAUGGCGGACACUGUUGCCUGUGAGGGAGGUUUACACAAGGUGUGGGUCAAGUUUCUCAUCUUGUUGCUUGUUUGGAGAGAAGGUGGUCAACGAAUGACUCCUAGUGGGGGUGGGGGUGGUGGGGGGGGGGGGGGAGGGAAGCCCAUGAUGUGCCAUGAACACCAGGUAGCUCUCUCCAAAGCUGGGCCAUGCUGUGCUGCAAUAAUGGAAGGUCCCGAUAGAACAACCCAAGGAAGAAAUCAACAGUGUUCUUUCUUUCUUUUAUUCCCAAAAGAAUCAGUAAACAAGACAUCAUUUCAAGUCAUAUAAUAUAGACUUUACACAUAAUUGGCUGACCAAUUAAGGUUUCGUAGUUUGGUGAGGGAAUUCAAUUGGGACUGUGUUUUGGAGUCUGAUUGUGGUGUGGUGGAACCAACCUUUGGCCUAUCCGCCAUCAUUUUGCUCUUCUAGACUUUACAAAAGGGAAGCUUCUUUUCCUGCUUGGAUUAAUGGACAAAAUAAUCAUCGUUCCUAAAGGUCA